AUGGCCAGCCAGUCUAAAAGGCCAACUGUUGAUAUGGCCAGCCAAUCUAAAAGGCCAACUGUUUAUAUGGCCAGCCAGUCUACAAGGCCAACUGUUGAUAUGACCAGCCAGUCUAAAAGGCCAACUGUUGAUAUGGCCAGCCAAUCUAAAAGGCCAACUGUUGAUAUGGCUAGCCAGUCUAAAAGGCCAACUGUUGAUGUGACCAGCCAGUCUAAAAGGCCAAUUGUUGAUAUGGCCAGCCAAUCUAAAAGGUCAACUGUUGAUAUGACCAGCCAGUCUAAAAGGCCAACUGUUAAUAUGGCCAGCCAGUCUAAAAGGCCAACUGUUGAUAUGGCCAGUCCCAACUGUUGA